CGCCGGCCGUACCUCGCCGCGAGUGUGUGCAUCGUCCGCGCUCAGCGUUUCCACAACAUUCCUCGCGUGCAGUGAAACUUCAUAAAAAAAUAUUUUGUUGCAAAAACAAAUGGGCGUCGAUAGUGAAACGUAAACUUGUGAUGAUGCACAGUGUUCUGUGAAAUUUACGUCGUUUGACAGUUUGUUUUAGUGCAGUUUACAUUGUUUCCGAGUUCCGCCCGCUCGGAGGAGGACAGUAAGGGAGUGACAGUUUGCUGUGUUUUGUGCGAGUUUUCUUGGGGAAGUUCACUGUGUUCAUUGUCGGAGGCCGUCGUGAACACCGGCCCCGACAUGGAGGCUUACUUCGACAUCUCGAACGACCUGAAGGACGUCUGGGAGGCGGACAUUGACCCGGAGAUGCAGGAUGUAUUGGAAGAAGAUUCAGAAAUGACAGACUGGCUGAUCGAGAGGGAUUCCAAAUCAGGAGUAGUGCUGCACGACAGGUUGAUGACAGACGCGGCUUUGGGAGCCGCCCCAAUCAAGACAGAACACUCAUACAGUCUACAUUCAGAUGUUGAAUCCGCACCCUCAUCGCCACACCAUACCAAAGUUGACGACAUGGAAGACGAAUGCUACCCAGCAAUGCCAGCCAGCGCAUGGAGCAGCCGACGAAGGUCCAGUGACUCCCCUCCAAGAGAAGUAAAAGCUGAACCGAAGUCUGAACCAGAGUCCCCAGCGUCAUCCUGCCCGCCCUCACCCACCCCUGGAACACCCGUCACACACCUUGACUAUGUUAUUGACCACACGUCUCUUUACUUGCAGACCGGCACAAUUCACAUGCCACAAGCAGUUCUACAGAAGGUCGGCGCAGCGGGAAUGCCACAACUGCUGCUCAGCGCUGCGCCGCGUCUAGCCACCUCGCUCAACUCUAACAAACUUUCCAUCAAGGUCACUUCCAGCUCAGGAGCAUCAGGUUUCAACCUCCCUCCGACACCUCCAUCAUCCCUGUCUUCAUCAGACAGUGAGGGUGCCCUGUCUCCAGCUCACGAAGCGUCCCAAGCUCCACUAGCGCCCCCUGCGGCCCCGGCGCGUCGCUCGCACCUGUACGUGUCUCACCACACCCGGCAGCCCAUCAACACACCCUUGAUUAGCAGUCAACCGAAAGGGUCAACUGGAACACUAGUGCUAACAGAAGAAGAGAAACGCACGUUACUUGCUGAAGGCUACCCAGUACCAACUCGCCUGCCCCUCACCAAGGCUGAAGAGAAAUCCCUCAAGAAAAUCAGAAGGAAAAUUAAAAAUAAGAUAUCCGCACAAGAAAGUAGACGCAAAAAGAAGGAAUACAUGGACCAGCUGGAGAGGAAGGUGGAGAUACUGAUAUCUGAGAACACAGACUACAGGAAAAGGGUGGAGACGUUGGAACAGAAGAACGCGAGUCUGCUGAGCCAGGUCGCCUCCCUGCAGGCCAUGGUGGCGCGCGGACGUAAGUGACGGGCUCCACACUAACACUUGAUUGUCCAAGUAUGACGCUGUCCCAUAACGGAAUCAAUGUAUAUUUUAGACGUAUUUACAUACACGAGUGUCCGGGGAAAGAACUGUCAGCGUUUGAAUGGUUGCUCACUGUAAUUGAUAGUAAAUAGGUAUUCUGUGGUGCUGGAUCCGAUAUACCCACUGCGUCGGUAUACAAACUGUCAAGUGCCACACUAGAUAUUUAUUUUAUACAACUCUGAUACAGUUUUCGUUCGAGACGCGAGGGAUGACUUGAUAACAGGGAAUUAUAGUACUGGGGAUUAGAUUCGUAUCAAUAGUUAUUUACGCGUGUUCUUUGAAAUCUCGUAAUAUAUUAUAAUAGCGCUCUAACGGCGAUAAUUAGUGUGUAAGUUUUAUUUUAUGCGUGUUUUAAUUAAAAUGUGCAAUUAGGUUAAGGAUUUUAUUGUUACCCAAAGCAUACAUUGUACUUGUGUGGCUCGCCGUGCCCAGGUCGUGGCCGAAUCAUGUUGAUGGUAUUGACACUAGAUUAUCAAUAGAGACUACUAAAGUUAAUAUAGUUUGGGACAUAGCGUGUUGCCGAUACCUAUGGAACUGAGCUCGCGAGUCGCGGUGCGUCGUGUUAUCGGAAUCUUAGUAGCAUAAUAAUGUAAGGCGGACAAUGUACCAGCGUGCGUCUUACCGAUUAAUAUUGAAUUCCAUGAAUUUGCAUUUAUAGCGAAAUGUGUAUUGUCCUAGAGAUUUUACCUUGUAUUUAAGAUAAAGUUAGUUAUGUAUCUAAUAGUGGACCUAUUUAAAACCGAUUUGUGUGACAAGUGUUUUCGGUUAUGUCUAGUCUCUUGUAGAACCGUCAGGCCUCGUUCUGGAGGUCUUCAUAGAAACAUUAGCUGUAUUCUCAGUUCUGCGCUCUAUAUCGACAAGUACAAAAUAAUGGCAUGCCUUCAACGAGAAUAACGUAACUAACUCUAAUGAGCUAACUCAUUUAUUUACAUCCAGUAUUUUUACUAUAGUAGGGUUGCCUGCUGACAAAAAAUGGACAUGUUUACAGUUUGCCAGCGUAAAAAAAUAGAGAACGAUAUUAAAUAUCAGGUAUCUAUGGAUUGGUGAGCUAUCCUUUUUUGUGGACAGGUACCUAAAAGUUUAAUGAAUUAAUACAUAUAUAACAACAUGCUCUAGCAGAAUCUCCAGAUGAAUAGUCAGUGCAUUAGUAUAUUCGUGGUCUUGCCAACUCCGCCGUAGCUACCGUUCAGCGUGAUACUUCCAUAUAACAAACUGCUAGUGAUCUUUCUAACAUUCCAUUUCUUAGUAAUAUGAGUGACUUAAAGUGAGCUUGAGUACUUAUUAUAACUAAUUGUAGACUUUAGCGCCGAACACACUUCAAACCUUUGUUUACGGAGACGGUCCGAUUCACAAUACAGAAGCAGACUUUUUGUCCCACUCGUUUGUAUUAGUAAUCAAAAAUACCAACGUAAAUGUUCUCAGUAACACGAAUCGGAAAGGUACCGAAAAUAAAUGUUUCCAGUGCGCCUCGACUUUAUUUAACUAACUUUGUAAACAAAUUAACACAUUUUUUUUUAAAAUAAAACAAAAUGUGCUGUUAUAAAUUUUCGUUUGAAUAAUUUAUAAGACUAGCCAAUCAAAUGUUAGUUUCUUCCAAAUUUUAACAUUGUCGUUACUAAUCGACUUGUAGAAAUUAAUAUGAACAUUGUUUGUUAACAGAACUACAAUAAAUUGUAAGAAGUUUAACAAACUUGCUUUCUACAAAUCGAUUGAUAUAUAAGUGACAAGAUUGUAUAUUAUAUCUAAAUGUAUGAAGAGAUAUAUUUACCUGAAUGCCUGUAUAUAGGUAAUAUCAUUGUUUUGUGUAAUAAUACACUGUUUGUGCAAUUAAUUUGUUCUCUUAUACACUCGUAAAUGUUCUUCCUAUUUAGUAAUUUAAGAAAAUGUUCUAUUUAUAUAGCGCUGAAUUAAUAUAUCGACAUUAUUGUCCCUGACACCUCGGGGGAAGUUUUAAAGAAUUGAGAUAUAUUUUAGGAGAUUUUUUCUUAGGAAAUUUUAGAUAUAUACAUAUAUAUAUAUAUGUGAAACACUGUUUACAUGUCUUUAUCACUAUACAAGUUAGGUCUCUAGUAAAAUAUCGUUAGUACCUACGAUCCUACAUACAAGUUUAUUAUUGAAACAAAGUGUGCCUGCCUAUCAGCUAUUUGAUUUACUCGAUAAGCAAGGAUAGUGAAUUAUCUUUUAGAAAACAAUAUAUAAUUAUUUAAAGAUAUGAAAUAUUCAAUUCCUAAUAUGGCAUUUACCGUCUGCAAAAGUGAUUUUAUAGGAAUUAUAAUGAAUUAACUGAUGUUAGUAAUAUAUUUAACUUAUAAUGGAAUUAAUAUAUGAGAGAGGUGCGUUCGCGCCGGCUUUUUAUGACAUAAUAACUUGUAAUGUAAAUGAAAUGCCAAACAUACUUACUUUUAUAUGUUAGUAGGCACCAUACAUAUUUGGGUGACAAUGUUACGAUUCACGAGGUUGUUUUUAAUUGGAUGUUUGAGUUGGAUGUAUCAUGUAGAUGAGCCGACAUGGAUCGUAGUCUGUGGCACGCGCCGCCCGCGCCGACCGCUCCGCCUGGAGCCGAGCGCGUCUUGUUAUUCAUUAUAAAGUAAUUUUAUUUGAUAGUUUUAUUUGUUAAAACUAUACGUUACCUUGAGUCAUGAUUUGUUAAAUCGUUUGUUUUAUUAUUAUUUUUCAGUAACAUUGCGGAUUUUACUGUCACCCUUCUAAUAAAACGUCAAA